AUGUGUUGUCGUUGUUGUCAUUCACUUUUACGUAAGCCGAUCAAUUUACUCUACGAUCCAUAUCGAUAUCGAGCAUUCUUGAUUUUCUAUUCAGUCGAUGUGGUAUUAUUUAUUAUUCGAUUAGCUCUCGUUAGCAAUGAUCUUUCUGCAAAUGCUCCUACGACAAAAGAUUAUCUCGUUCCUAUUUUAAUAUUUGACUUAAUUGCAUCGGUACCUCUGAUAAUUUGUAACUCAAUUUAUAUUGUAAUGCGUCAUUUUAUCGUAGAAUUAUUUGGUAUAAAACCUUCAAAUCAAUUUUUUUGGCGUUUAGCAACAAUGACCUGUUUUCGAUUUGAUUUUUCCAUUGAACAUCCUCAACUAAUAUUAUUAACGCGUGUAUUUCUUGUUAUCAGCUUUUUCCUUCUACGUUUUAUGUGCUUUGUUAUUGGUGCCUCGUGUUCAGCUCGUUUUAAAUCUCAAUGUACAGCAUAUACAGUUUUUGCUGCGUUUACUUUGGCCAAUCUUCUUCUUAUUAUUGUUGUCGAAUUUAUUCACUAUUUUCGUUUAUGGACUUACAAUCCGACAAAAAUAAGCAAUAAUCCUGAUGGUACAAAAUUCACUAGUAUAUAUUCUGACGCAGUGAUAGAAAAAACGCAUCGAUGUCAUCUUCGUUUCAUUCAUUAUUCAAUGAUCAAUGAUCAAAAUGCCUCUGGAUUCCGACGAUCACUUUGUUCGAAAGGCGCUGAAUGUCGCUCGGAGAGUCUUCAUCAUCAAUUAAUCUAUCACUCGCUUGAAUCAUCACGUCAAGUUCCAAAUAUAAUAAAUAAUAAUGAUGGGAAGCAAACUGUUAUUGCAUUUUAUGAAACAACAAAAGAAAAUAUGUUGACAAUUGUUAAAAACGGGUUUCCAAAGGGAGAUAAUUUGCCACUUGAACAAAGCAUCUUUUUUACGCCAUCGAUUAAAUCAAGCUUAGACAUUGACAAAGCUAUUUUAUGUGUUCGCAUCAAUUUGGGUCGAUUUGAAAUAAUCGGCAAUGGUCCUGUAAACCUAAAUCACUAUUUUCAGGGAGCGGAUGGUUUAAAAGAUACAAUUUAUGUUACGAGUGACUCGCGAUUUUAUCUUCGAAUGACAGGACAAAUAGAGAAAUGGAUUGUUAUGGUUUCUAAAGGAACGACAGUAAAUGAUCAGCUGGAUAAUAAUUAUUAUGUAGGCUGCUUUUCUUAG